UCCCACAACAGCAACAACAACAGGAUCCCAAUAUAUUAUUUAUAUUUAAUUGUAAUAAUAUUAAAAUUGGUACCAACAGUUAUAUAAUAAAAGAUGAUGAAAUUCAAUUUUAUAUGGACCAUUUAAAAAUACAGGUAAUUAAAAGGAAUAGUUUAGAGACAACAACUUUUCAAAUUUAUUAUAAAAAAAUCGAAUCACUCCAAGUAAAACUAGAGAAUAACGACUAUAGUUUAUCAAUUAAGGUACUAUCUUUUAUCGGACCAAAUUUAAAGAGGGUCUUGAAUGAAGUGAUUCAGUUUAACUCAAUACAAGGAAAUUUUUCAGAAACAUUCGAAGAAUCAUUCAAGCUCGUUGGUAUUUUACAAUUAUGUACAUUUGUUAAAAAUGGUCAAAAAAAAUCGUAUCAAACCGAUGAUAUUGAAGAUAUCCCCGAAGAAGAAUUCAAACCUGUACCAUUAAAAAGAAGCAAUAGUGGUGGUAAUAGUAGCAUAGGUAAAAAUAUUGGCACAGAUAAAAAGAUUAAUAAUAGAGGUAGCAAUAUUAGUAAUAAUAUCAAUUUGAAUAAUUUAUUAAAACAAAAAUUAAAUGAAGUUUCGAAUAAUACAACCACUACAACUACCACCACAACUAUAACAAAUUAUAGCUGUGAUUUUAUAAAUGACUCAAUAGAAAAUACACAGCCAUCACAAAAUAGAAAUAAAGUAGACAAUUUAUUUUCAAGCAAUAAAGAUUCAAUUCAAAAUACACCAAUCUCUCAAACAAAUAAUAAUACUAUUUUUGAUGAUAUAGUAUCAACCCAGUUUUCACAGCAACAGCAACAACAAAACCGACUUUAUAAAAACCCUCAACACAAUACAGAAUCAGAAGAAAUUAUUGAAAUUAAUGAUGAAGAUUUUCAAAAAGAAUCCAAUAUAUGGAAUCAAUAUAACAAAAAUACUUCAGUUCCUAUAUCAAAAAAUUUUGAACAUUUAUUUUUGCAUCCUAAAUUUAAGAGCAAUAUUAACAAACCAAACAAUAAUAUAAACUCAAUUUAUAAUAAUAAUUUACCAAAAAAUGUCCAAACUGGUUUUAAAGAUUAUAACAGUAAUAGGUUAUACCAAUAGUACCUACAAUUCAAGAUUUAAAAGAUCUAAAAAAAAAGAACUAUUAUAACAAACAAAAAAAAUUAUAUUCAAAAUCAAGAAAGAAGAAGAUGAAGAAAAUCCUUUAUGAUUCCAGCGGAACAUAUUUUUUACAGCCAUGAUUCAGCCAUCAAUGACUCUAUUAGAGGUUAUGGAUAUAAUGAUAUAGACUUUGAGAACGAAAAUAAAAUAUCAAGUAUAAAUGGGUGGUAAUAAAAAUAAAAAUAAACCUUUGUAAAUAUUU